AACGAAGAUGUUGCGCGUCGUGCCUUCAAUGCCUAUCUGCCGAUGCAGAACGGUUGCAGUGUUUCUAAUCACACGAUUUGUGUUGCUGGGCUUUUGGGCUUGCAGCGCCUUCAUCGUGUGCUUACUAUUCCACCAAGGCUAAGUGUUCCGCGCUGUGGUCGCCCUUGGGCCUUGCAACAAGCAGGAGCUUAUCAGAGAGGCUUUGCUCCUACUAUUUUUUCGCUAGACAUCCAGGACCUGCCGAUUCCAUCUACGGUUUAUGCUACAACAUGCGAUUGCGCCCUCGUACAUUAUGCUUGCCUUCCGGCCCGCGUCGUAGUCGAGGUCUUCCCUGUGGUUGUAGUGAGAGUUUAG